AUGGGCACAUGCUUCUAUAACUGGGCCGGAUGUGCUAUUGGUGGAAGUAACCAUCCAGCAACUACUAUAGCUUAUACUUCUCUAUCUCCAUUCUUUGGUACUCCCUCGGCGUCUUUCCUUGGUCACAAAGGAUCUCGUCGUGUUGACGCACAGCAUGCGGCGUUAUUGAACGGGAUAGCAUCCCACGUGCACGAUUACGAUGAUACAAUCCUUGAUACAAUCAUUCAUCCCACAGGUCCAAUAGCUAGUGCGCUUCUCGCAGUUGCAGAAUGGAAAGGUGGCUUCUCGGGGAAAGAAUUCCUGCUCGCCUUGAUCGUUGGUAUCGAAGCAGAAUUCAAAGUAGGACUAGCCGUUUGGCCAGAACAUUACGAUGUAGGAUGGCACAUUACAUCCACGACAGGUUCCAUUGGAGCUGCAGCAGCUGUUGCGAAACUAUUCGAUCUUCCCAUCGAUCAGACAACGCACGCAUUGGGAAUUGCUGCAACACAAGUUGUUGGCUUGAGGGAAAUGUUUGGGUCUCACACCAAGUCUUUCCAUCCCGGCCGUGCAGCGCAAAACGGUAUCAUGGCUGCGGUGUUGGCCCAGGGAGGUUACACGAGUAGUGAACAAGCUCUAGAAGCUACGAGAGGCUGGGCAAACAUUGUAGGUGUUACAAAGUCAGAUGUUGGAGAGAGUCUAGCGAAAUGGAAAAAAAGUUUCAAGCCAUUUCCAUGUGAAAUUGUCAUUCAUCCUAUUAUUGAUACUUGCUCGCAGCUUCAUCGUGAAAUGAAGGAUAAUGGGUUCACUGCUAAGGAUAUCAAAUCUAUCCGUGCACAUGUUCAUCCUCUCGUUCUAGAGCUUACUGGUAAAAAGAAGCCCAGAGAUGGACAGGAAGGUAAAUUUAGUGUCUAUCAUGGAGCUGCGAUUGGCAUUCUAUAUGGAAAAGGGACUCCAAGUCAGUACGAGGAUCGUGUGGUCCAGAGCGAAGAAGUCAUCUCUAUCCGCGACAAAGUCGAAGCUGUAGCUGAUAGUAAUUUGGGAGCCGAUGAAGCAAUAAUAAUGAUCGUAUGGGAGAAUGGGAAAGAACUUCAAAAACAUGUCAAACAUGCAGUUGGAAGUUUGGAGGUACCGAUGGACGAUAAAAUGCUACAGCAGAAGUUCGAGAAUCAAUGCGUUGGUGUUCUAGGCGAGUCCGUGAAGGAGGUAAGCGAUGCUUGCUGGAGCAUUGAGUACGCCAAAGACGUUGCAGAUAUUGCCAGAAGUAUUUGA